AUGGUACUUAGCUUCCCAGUCGGAUUCUGGGCUUUUGUGAUGCCCUCGUUCGCACUUUCUUACAUCAAGGCCGAUCUUGGAGAUCCACUCGAUUCAAUCUGGGUCAUUAUUGCUCAGAAUGUCGUCCAAGCCGUGGCCAUCACUGUGCUUGGCCGUUUGUCUGAUCUAUUUGGCCGCCGCUGGUUCCAGAUCGGAGAUGGCAUGGUCGGACUGGCGGGCUACAUUACCGCCAGUCGAGCUCCCGACAUGAACUCCCUGAUUGGCGCAAACAUCCUCAUCGGCGUCGGCUCCGCCGUCCAGAUCCAAUGCUCGGUCGUGGGUGGAGAGCUGUUGCAAAAUAAACACCGCUUUCUCUAUAACAGCUUUACGGUCCUCGUCUUCGCACCCAUCUCAGCAAUCUCCCCCGGCAUUGGUGAGUCCUUUUUAUGUCGCAGUGCAGCAGGAUGGAGGGCGGUCUAUUACCUACUGGCCGCUGUCACAGCCACAGCACAGGUCUUGUUCUUGUUCUGCUACCAUCCGCCAAAGUUCAACCAACUGCACACGAGACACUCGAAAAUGCACUUCAUCAAGUCUUUUGACUACGUAGGGCUGUUGCUCUUCUGUGCUGGCGGUGUUCUAUUCCUCAUGGGAGUUUCUUGGCCAGAGAUAUCACUAGCAUGGCAUUCGGCCAAGGUAAUAGCAACGUUGACUGUCGGUGGUGUUACGUUCAUUACCUUUGUCCUGUGGGAAUACUACGCAGAUCCGGCCGUGCCAGUCUUCCCGCUCAAAUUGUUCAAAAGUCGCAAUUUUGUCUGUAUCUUGUUCUGCUCUGCUAUGGGAGCCAUGUUGUUCUACGCUCUGAGCAUUACCUAUCCUGAGGAAACCGUGCUCCUUUAUCGGCAACCGGAGAACAAAUCCGGCUGGUACGCCAGCUCGAUGACUGCGGGAGUGUUGGCAGGCCAGUGCACAGCCGGCCUCACCAUCAAAUUGUUCGGACACAUCCGAUGGCAGGUUAUCGCCUCCUGCGUUCUAUUCACCACCUUUUGCGGUGCAAAUGCUGCGUCUGUGUCUGUCUCGGCCGCCGCCCUCUUUAGUGCGUUGGCAGGCUAUCAUAUGGAGGUUGCCACGGUGUCGGGUGCGCCUCUGAUGGUUGAUCCAAAGGACUUCGGUAUUGCCAUAGGGGCGUUGUAUAGCAGCCGUGUCUUCUUCUCCGCCUGUGCCUCUGCCAUCUUCGUCAGCAUACUCAACAACAAGAUACACAGCAACAUGGUCCUCAGGAUGGAGGAACAGGACCUCGCCAACGCAAGGGCGUCGGCCUCCGACGACGACGUCCUCGGUCGCCGCCGAUGCCCGGAAGAGAACCUCCUCCAGCAGGAUGAAGAAAUUUUCGCUCCUUUACCAUAUAAAUAG